GGGCCGGAGCAGAGUCAUGGGUUCCCUGGCCCUGCAGCUGUGUGCUCUCUCCUGCCUGGUGGCUCACUCGGUUUCUGGCAGCCCCAUCAUGAGCCUGGAGCAGUCGCCUCUGGAAGAAGAUAUGCCCCUCUUUGAUGAUGUCUUCUCAGAGCAAGAUGGUGUCGACUUUAACACACUGCUACAGAGCAUGAAGAAAGAGUUUCUCAAGACGUUGAACCUGUCAGACAUCCCGACGCAGGAUGCAGCCAAGGUUGACCCACCAGAGUACAUGUUGGAACUCUACAACAAAUUUGCAACAGAUAGGACCUCCAUACCAUCUGCCAACAUCAUUAGGAGUUUCAAGAAUGAAGAUCUGUUUUCCCAACCAGCCAGUUUUAAUGGGCUCCGAAAAUACCCUCUCCUCUUCAAUGUGUCCAUCCCUCACCAUGAAGAGGUCAUCAUGGCUGAACUCAGGUUGUACACCCUGGUGCAAAGAGAUCGCAUGAUAUAUGAAGGAGUGGACCGGAAAAUUACCAUUUUCGAAGUACUAGAGAGCAAAGGGGACGGUGAGGGUGAAAGAAGCAUGCUGGUCUUGGUGUCAGGGGAGAUCUAUGGAACCAACAGUGAGUGGGAGACUUUUGAUGUCACCGAUGCCAUCAGGCAUUGGCAAAAGUCAGGCUCAUCCACCCACCAGCUGGAGGUUCACAUUGAGAGCAAACAUGAAAUGGAGGAUGCUGGCAGGGGACAACUGGAAAUAGACACUAGUGCCCGGAAUAAGCACGUCCCUUUGCUUGUCGUGUUUUCUGAUGACCAAAGCAGUGAGAAGGAGCGGAAGGAGGAACUGAAUGAAAUGAUUGCCCACGAGCAGCUUCCGGAGAUGGACAACCUGGGAUUGGAAGGUUAUUCCAGCGGACCUGGGGAAGAGGCUUUGCUGCAGAUGAGGUCAAACAUCAUCUAUGACUCCACUGCCCGCAUCAGAAGGAAUGCAAAAGGAAACUACUGCAAGAGGACCCCGCUCUACAUCGACUUCAAGGAGAUUGGCUGGGACUCUUGGAUCAUCGCCCCGCCUGGAUACGAAGCCUACGAAUGCCGUGGUGUUUGCAAUUACCCCCUGGCAGAGCAUCUCACCCCCACGAAGCAUGCGAUUAUCCAGGCCUUGGUCCACCUCAAGAAUUCCCAGAAGGCUUCCAAAGCCUGCUGUGUGCCCACCAAGCUGGAGCCCAUCUCCAUUCUCUAUUUAGACAAAGGUGUCGUCACCUACAAGUUUAAAUAUGAGGGCAUGGCCGUCUCUGAGUGUGGCUGUAGAUAGAAGAGGAGUCCUGUGGCUUAUUUAAUAACUGUAAAUGUGUAUAUUUUGUGUUCCUAUUUAAUGAGAUUAUUUAAUAAGGGUGUACAGAUCAUAGAAGCUUGCUGCCUUAGGGAAUUUGACAGGUCGGUUUGUUGUAGGAAAUGCAUAAUUUACUCCACAGUCUAGUCCCUUCCAAUCUAUGUUUCUUUGGACUUGCCAUUUCCUGGCAAGGCCAUCUCUAAUAGUAAGUGGCAAGCCCACACUACUUGCCCUUUAGGCCGAUUCGAAAGCAACACCCCUAAGCAGAAAAACAGUGUCGAGGGAGGUAGAUAUUUGUGUAUGUAUAUGUGUACAUAGAUAAACUUAUAAAAUCCAUUUGGUUCUAUAGAGGCAGAUUCUACUCACACACGUGCAUUAACCCAAUCAAAUGUGUGUAUGUUAAAAGACAGUGGGAUGUUCUUGGUCACCUCUUCUCUAAGUAGUAUUUCCAUCAGGAUAAUUUGCACCAGGAAUUUAAUCAUCCUAGGAAGUAUUACAUUUCCGAAAUACUACUGGAAAUGUAGGGGUAGCUUUUGUCAGUUGAGUUUCUGCUAUUACUCAGAGCAGCAGGGCCUGGUAAAGGAGGCUGCAUGUUUGAGGGGAGGGGUUAUUUGAUACACAAACCAAGUGGCUUCAAGGGGCAGUGGCCUUAAGGGACAACAGCAAAGAAUGAGCCCACGGGGGACCAGUGUGCUCUAGAGGGCAGUGCCUGGUCAAGAAAGGAAAGCAGAGGGGACUUAUCUGUUCCUAAGGCAACAGGAAGGAAAGGCCAUGUGUGUUGGCCUUUAUGGUUGCAGAGGGUACAAGAGGUUCGAGGGGCUCUUAGGGGAGGAGGGGCAAAGGAUAUAGAUGCUGUCCUAGGACGUGUUUGUAAAAUUAUAAGCAGUUCUAAUUGGAGAGUUAAAUAUUUUGGACAAAAUAAAAUUAACAAAGACCAAGAGGAGGAAAAAUCAGAAGGGAUCUGUUUGUUGGAUUCUUCUUACCAUUUUUCUUCAAUUCUUCAUAUUUCUCCUUUGCCUCUGAACCUCUGCUCUUGCUGUUUUCUACCUUUUCCCUUCCCUCCCUCUUUUUUGCCUGAGCACCUUGUGUCCUUCUCCCAUUCAUGUGUCCCCUAUCAUCCCUGGCCUUUGUUGCCCCUGCUUUGAGCUGGAAGAGGACACCUGAAAGCGUUUGCUCUUGGGAUAAAAGGAGUUAGUGCUCUAAUUUCUAGAUUUCCCCCUGAUAUUUUAUUUAGUUGAGUUGCUAAUAUAUAAAAUGUUUUGUUCAUGAAGAAUACUUAAGUGUAAGAAAAAGAGAACCAGAGUCGAAAUGAAUACAUUUAAAUAAAUGAAUUAAUAAAUAGACACACAACCAAAUGACUCGAAAGCUAAGCUGGAAUUUGGAAAUCAGGUUUGCCCCAUGAUGGAAACCCUGUAGCCUUCCCAACCUUCCCACUCUGCAGUCUUUCUGUUUGGGAACUGGCCAGGACUAAGGGACUGGGAAGUAUUCCUGAUGACAAUGGUCUGGGGCGUCUGCCCAUUAGUUGGCCAGUUGGAAGGACACUGAGACUUGGUCCCAGUGCCCCCCAUGCAGGACCACAAGUGUUGUGCAGGGAGAACCACAGCAGAGCAGUUCUCAGACUGUUCUGACACCUCCAGGCAGACAACACGGAUGGUCCAACCUAGAAUCGGGAAUGUGGUUUCCAGUACAUUGUCCCCCCCUCACCCCCCUGAAUGCUUCUUUAAAAAGGCUUGCACUUUUUUUUUUUUUUACCCUGGAAAACCAUCAGCCUUGCUUUCACAAACCUCUGGGGUCAUAAUCUCAUCUUGCCCUAGAAAAUAGAGGCCAGGGAAGCUAUUUUGAAGGACAUUUUGCCCAAUUUGGCCCUCAGCUCUGCACAUCUGUUGUCCACUGGUAUCCAGAGGGUGAAUCCUGGAGAAUCCAUUGCCCCUGGAAGAGUGGUAUUCUGGUCAUCAGUGGGUAUACAGUGAUUGACAAUUUGAGGUAGCCAUGCAACUCAGAAUCAUUCAUUUAUGGAAUACCCUCCAUAGAAAACGGUGUGCUUGCGUGUGUGUGUGUGUGUGUGUGUGUGUGUGUGUGUGUGUGUGUGUAACUGGCUUUAUAUAGCCAAGCUUAGUACCCUCCGUGGGAUGGGGUGCAUUCUUUAUAUCCAUGGAUCCAUGGUACGUACUGUAUACUCAUAUACUCUACGGUACUUCUUAUCCUUUCUAAAGGACACUGUAAUAGACAUAACGGUAAAACCUUGGUUGAAUGGGAUUGUUCUAACUAGAUAAAAAUCAAGCAGAAUUUUCUUUUAUAUGUAAAAUACAUAAGACAAUGGUAUGCUGGUGAAUGCUUUAUACCCAGCAGUGGCGAGGUGCGGGUUGUGAGGAGGGAAUAGCUCUGAUUUGUGGGUUUCAAUGGCGCAAAUACCCCCUCCAUGGCCUACUUCAAGCUACCAAUGUGAUGUCAACUGGCUUGCAAAAUACCCAAAAACAUAACAGUAAGCUCUCGGGAGCCACGUCUGCCAACUCUGGUAUCCUCCUGUUAUUAGCACGUUCAUAUUAGAACACUAAAGAUGUGACGUGCCAGACUCUGCUUUCCUCAUGCCCUCUGCUGGCUCUCCCAGGUUCCUAGGGAAGCUUUGUUGUGAGCCCUUACAGUCACUCUUCCAUUAAAGAGAUGUGAAAAUCUAGGCUGUUGGCAAUCAGGCUGCAUAUGCCAGAUGUUUCUCCUUUUACCACAGUCCAGAGGUAAACACGCGUUUCUAAGAUUUUCUUCUACCCUAUGGAAAGAGUGCAGAAAGCCACCUAUUGGUUAUUCAAAUGUUGCUAGUUGCAUUUUUUUUUUUUUUUUGCUUUCUUGUCAUCAAAAAAUUAAAACACACCGACCAUAAAUAGAGGGGUUCUGCCAGCUCCCCUCAGGCCUCCUGAAGCAUGCUCGCAAUUCCUUUACCUCACUGCAUGAGUACGAAGCCAGGAAGGUGUCCGAUCCUUAGGAAAGUAGAACUCACUACUGUCUUCUCUGGUCAUAGACCUUUGCUAUAUGCCACACCUGUCUUUUUUACACUUUUAUGGCAGAAUUAUCAUCGCUGAAGUUGAUAAAACUAAAUGACCCUUGAGAAAGGUAGCAGGGGGACUUUGGCAGCCAACAACCAAAAUAUUCAUGUAAAAGUUUCUAGGCUUCCUACUAUUUAUUGAUGGAUAUAUUUAUUUUUUGUAAUAUAGUGUAGAAUACCAAAUAUUUUAUUUUUAUGUUUGUGAUUCCCUCUUGGAUAAAAGAGUCUUCUGUGCUUUUCAAAUAGUACCUUCUCCUGAGUAUGGCUCCUCUACAGUGUAUCGCCUGUAUUUUCAUCUCUGUCUUUUUGCAUCAACAUUUCCUGUUACUUCGAGGAGCCUUGCCAGAAGCUUGCCGUAACUGUGUAUAUUUGUAUCUUGUAGGCAUGCUGUGAGCCCCUUGGCAUAUUCACUGAUUUCUAAAUAGGACAGUUUUAACUGACGUGUAGGUGUUCCAGAAAAUAUUUAACCAAUAAAUAUCAUUCUAAUAAGCUGACACUGUCAUUUUACUGUGAGAGGCAAAUGUCAGGCUGUGAGGGACUAUGUUUGCUGCUCAGUGAAUGGAGACGGUAUUUAAUGGGGGCCUUUCAUGCCCCUAAACUGGUGCUUCCCCUCUGACUGUAUCCAUCACCUUCAAUGACCCACCAAUUCAGAGACCCAAUUGGACAAAUCCAUUUGUAAUUGGAAGCAUUACUCUAUAAAUGUAAAAAAAAAGGUUAAUUUAGUGAUUUCCCAAAAGAAUCAGUCUCAAGGUACCUAAAUUCUUUCCCUGCAUAUAAUUUUUUUGGAAAUUAAUGGCAAAUACUUUUCCCAGAAAUUAAUGUUAGUAAAUGUUUUGGUAUUCUUUGGAAUCUAUAUUCUCUAAGUAAAAGAUAUUUUCAUAGAAAGGAAUUUUACAUAUGGCUUCUUACUGGACUGUUCAAGAGACCAUACAGUCCAGCAGUGUUUUAGCAAAGCCAUUUGCAAUUUGUCUGGAACAUUGAGGGGAUGCUGUCCUAUCCAAAGGCCUGGGAUCUUUUCACAGAGUCACCGUGGGUUGUACUUAGCUGUUUUCGAAUCUGGUAAAAAAGCAAUGCUUCUGUGACUCUGUGCAUUUUCUUGUCUCCAACAAGGACAUUUGAUUUCACACAUUAGAUGGAAGGAAAGUAGAUAACGUUGUAUCAGAGCAGCAUAAAAGGGUGUUUCUGGGUGUGGAAAUGUAUCUGAACAACCCUGUCAAGGAAUGCCCGUUUGUCAUGAUCCGCAUGUUCCUAUCACAUAUGAGCACUUGUUUUGUGAGUGUCUGGCCUGAUUGCCGUGGGGAUGUCGAUGUGUUCGUGCCCACCUAACGAGCCUCCACAAACAUGGGAAAUCCACGAAUCCCACGGUCACACCGAACCAGCUGAAGCAUGUUCAUGUUUUCGUGUAAAACCCUGUCCAAAUUUACAUAGUAAUUAUUAGACUACAGUGAAGAUGGAAAUAAGUAUUUUACACUGUGUUCAUAAGCCACCUGUGUAC